GCGCCGGCGUCCCCCGAGCCGCGGCCGCUCGGUGCCAUGCGAGGCGUGGGGCCAGCCCUGACGGCGCGGCGCCUCUUCCGCUUGCGGCUCUGCCCGCGGCCGCCGCGGCCGGUCGGACCCCGGCUGUCGAGCGGGGCGGCGGCGGCGGCGGCGGGCGCCCUGGAACGGGCCAUGGACGAGCUGCUGCGCCGCGCGGUGCCCGCCACGCCGGCCUAUGAGCUGCGCGAGAAGACGCCGGCGCCGGCCGAGGGCCAGUGCGCCGACUUCGUGAGCUUCUACGGCGGCCUGGCCGAGGCGGCCGAGCGCGCCGAGCUGCUGAGCCGCCUGGCGCGGGGCUUCGGCGUGGACCACGGCCAGGUGGCCGAGCAGAGCGCCGGCGUGCUCCAGCUGCGCGAGCAGCCGCGGGAGGCGGCCGUGCUGCUGCAGGCGGAGGACCGGCUGCGCUACGCGCUGGUGCCGCGCUAUCGCGGCCUCUUCCACCACAUCAGCAAGCUGGACGGCGGCGUGCGCUUCCUGGUGCGGCUGCGGGCCGACCUGCUCGAGGCGCAGGCCCUCAAGUUGGUGGAGGGGCCGCACGUCCGGGAGAUGAACGGAGUGCUGAAGGGUAUGCUCUCCGAGUGGUUCUCCUCCGGCUUCCUGAGCCUAGAGCGGGUCACCUGGCACUCGCCCUGUGAGGUGCUGCAGAAAAUCAGCGAGUCUGAGGCCGUGCAUCCUGUGAAAAAUUGGAUGGACAUGAAGCGACGCGUCGGGCCUUACAGGAGAUGUUACUUCUUUUCUCACUGUGCAGCCCCCGAGGAGCCCCUGGUCGUGUUGCAUGUGGCACUGACCGGCGAGAUUUCCAGCAACAUCCAGGCCAUAGUGAAGGAGUGCCCCCCUUCGGAGACGGAGGAGAGGAGCAAGAUCUCGGCGGCCAUCUUCUACUCCAUCAGCCUGACGCAGCCAGGACUGCAGGGGGUGGAGCUGGGCACCGUCCUGGUCAAGCGAGUGCUCAAGGAGCUGCAGAAAGAGUUUCCUCGUCUUGGGACAUUUUCAAGUCUGUCUCCUAUACCUGGAUUCACCAAGUGGCUUCUGGGACUCCUGAACGCACAAGCAAAGGAACACGGGAGGAAUGAACUCUUUACAGAUUCGGAAUGUAAAGAAAUCUCUGAGAUCACAGGCGGUCCCAUCAAUGAGACCCUCAAGGUCUUUCUCAGCAGCAGUGAGUGGGUGAAGUCUGAAAAGCUGGUCAGGGCGCUCCAGGCCCCCUUGCUGCGGCUCUGUGCCUGGUACCUGUACGGAGAGAAGCAUCGGGGCUUUGCCCUGAACCCUGUGGCAAACUUCCACCUGCAGAAUGGGGCCGUGAUAUGGCGCAUCAACUGGAUGGCCGACGUGAGCCUCAAGGGCAUCACCAGCUCCUGCGGCCUGAUGGUCAACUACCGGUACUACCCGGGGGACACAGCCACCAACAGCACCAACUACCUCUGCUCCAAGAACAUCAAAGCUUCCGAGCAGGUCCUCAGCCUCGUGGCCCAGUUUCAGAAGAACAGCAAACUUUAGACCUGUCCCAAAGCAGACGUCCCCAACCCAGAGAAGGAGGAUUUUUCUGGAUGAGUCAGGGAGGGUUAUGCGUCGAAAGGGGCUUUUUUAGUCAAGCAGGGUGAGAGCGUGUUCUUAGGCCCGCAGCAGGGUCACACCGGGAGGCUGUGCCCUGACUUCCGUUGCAAGAGCGCAGGCUGCCGCCAGAUGCUGGGGGCCUGGACGUGCACUGGGCGGGGACACCCUCCCCCCCACCCCGAGAGCGGCCUGGCUCCCUGCCCGAGGCGGUGCUCUGGUGCUCCAUCUUCAGAAAGCUCUAGAGCCUCUGCUGGCUGUCGUCCCAGGGUGGACCGGCCAGCCUCACCGGGCCCCGGGCCGCUGGCCCAGGUGAGAGCAGAUUUUCCUUCAAGCUUAGAACAUAACUCAGCCAUGGUUGUCUUAGCUGUUUCUCUCCACUCACGACAAAGAGGUAGAGGGCUGUGCUACACGUUACUCAAAGUUUUGGAGAUCCGAAUGUAGGGAAAUGUUCAUGACUGCACCAAGUUUCUUAAAUUAAAUCAUUGAGCACACGA